ACGGUUGCUCGAUGACGACGCAGCAGGGCCCGCUUUACAACCCGCGGCUGCGCCGGUACUGGGGUAUCCCUCCUCUGCACCGUAAACGAUUUUUUGGUUCGUUUUUCUAUUCAUAAUAGUUCUUAAGAGAUCGGCGAGGUCGUCAACAAGGGUUUCCAUCCUGGUGCCACUCACUCUUUCGCACCCUACCCCGGUUAAGGCUGGUGCAGGGUGACGGGGAGCUCCACAAGAAGGUGAGGUGAGUGGUCUUGGCAGAUACGGGCCCACCAACUUCUCCGAGUUUCUCCCUACCGGAUCGGAAAACUGGCGGGGGCCAAAGGCCCCGACCAGUCACCAUCCGGCUAUAGGAGAAUAUCAGAUUCAUCGGGGUUUCCCAGGGCGUGGUCAUACGCCCUGAGAACCCGUAGCCGCUUCGUGCUCCCCAUAAAAAGAGAACCUAGCGUUAAUUCUACGUGGAAUAAUCGUUAACGAAGAUUCAGAUUGGCACGUAGAUUGUCAAUUUGCAAUCGUAAACGAGGGUGGAUCCCUCUAGUCGUUGCACGAAACAGCCCCUUUCGCUCUAACAAUUUCACGAGAAUCGUCCUCUGUACGUGUUUCUCAUUCGAAAAAUCCAUUCUAUAUUUAAUUUAAUAUUCCUAGUAUCAUUGUUCGUUCGAGAUUUCCCGAACUCCUUUUAAGCGUAGAAGUUGAUUAAAUUCGGUUGAAUAAUUGAAAGAAAAAAAAUGAAAAAGAUGUAAAAAAAAUACAUAAUGUAUUUAAAAUAUUUUUCAUAAUAGAAUAAACAGUGGUAGAGUAAGUAACCGUUCCAGUUAAAAAUUGAUACGGUAUCGAUGGAUUGGAGGUGGAAAGGAACCGCGUUGAAGAAAUGGGUGCGAGCGAUAAGAGUUAGCUCGAUGAUUGUAUUUUAACAAGAAAAUCCUCACGGCUCGUUGAUCACUACCACCUGCUCCAUGUGAUAAGAAACCAGCGACACACAUUUAUGGCAGAGGGAGAUCCGUUCGUGCGUCACGUUUACAUCGCUCACUUUUUUAAUUUCAAACAUAUUCCCUUCUUGCAAAAUCCUCAUAAAAUUGCGAAACGAAUAAUUUUCUUUAUAUAAUCUUUUAAUUUCUUAUUUCAAUUUAAUGUUUGUAGACUUGACAAUUUUUCCCCCUUUUCGUCACUUUUUUCCCUCGAAUCGUUAGACAUUAAAAUAAAACCGUUGAUUAUUCUGGCUGUUUUUUUUUUAACUUUUUCUUGCGGAAAUUCUUUUUUGCUGGUGUAGAAAAUAGAUGAGAAAUUGUUUCGAUGCCCCUUUCCACUAGUUCGGGUAGAUCUCGUUUCAAUCAAUCGGUAGCCCAGAUUCUUGUUCAUUUCACACCCCCGUAUCGCAUCAUUCCCGUGCGCAACCGUGUCCUUUGCCUCUGUGGAACCCCGUGAAAGGAUCCUGGCACAGUUCCACGUCGACCAUCAGGACCGUCAGAAGCCUUAGAGAACUUUUUCAAGAUUUUCGAUAUCUAAAAUAAUAAUAAUAAUAAUAAUAAUAAUAAUAAUAAUAAUAAUAAUAAUAAUAAUAAUAAUAAUAAUAAUAAUAAUAAUAAUAAUAAUAAUAAAAGACGAAGUUUUCUCGAGGAUUAAACUUUAAACAGCAUUAAGCUUAACUUAUAGAUUCCGCAGUUUAAACUUAAGAAUUCCAGAAUUUACAGGAAGUUCUUGGAAAAGGAUCAGUAACAUCUUAGUGAUUAUUUUACGAAUAUUCAAAGUUUCGAGACACGGCGACCGAUUUAUCGAAUGCCAUGACGGACGUGAAUAGCAACAAAGUGUCCAACGAGUCUUCGAAAAAGUCGCUCGAACUGGCGAAGAAGGAGUUACGCGCGAUAGUGACGAAGAUUGAGGAAACAACACUUCCUAGCAGGUCUGUGAAAUUGUUUCGCGCUCAAUGUCUUCUUAGACCCGGAGGAUCGAAGUUCCGCAGGAGACACCUGUGGAUCUUGCUGAUCCUCGCGUGGAUUCUAGGUCAAUUCCUCUGGAAUUACGUGCACACCGUUCGUUACGACAAGUGCCUGGCGGAAGUACCUUCGUUCACGCAGAAAAUAUUCCGGCCAGCCGAGGAUUGUUCAAUGUGUCGGGACGUUCAACAGGUUGACAGGAUAUCCAACGUGGAUCCUGCCAUUUUUGAGGAACGAUAUGCGUAUUCAGGAAGACCGGUAGUGAUUACGGAUGCCAUGACUAACUGGACAGCAACGGAAACAUUCUCGUUUUCUUUCUUUAAAUCGUUGUACGACGGAGAGGACGCGAAUUGCCAGUUUUUUCCUUAUAAAACCGAGUUUAAAAGUCUUCAGGACGUGUUCGAUAUGAGCGCUAGUCGAUCAUUGCUGGAGAAAGGGACGAAGCCAUGGUACGUGGGCUGGAGUAACUGUGACGAAGAAAUUGGCGGUGUGCUCAGGAAACACUAUCAAAGACCGUAUUUUCUGCCUGUCACUGCAGAAACAGAGAAGACCGAUUGGAUUUUUAUGGGUAGCCAAGGAUAUGGGGCCCCUAUGCACGUGGACGACGUGGAACACCCUUCGUGGCAAGCUCAGAUCAAGGGUGAGAAAUUGUGGAUGUUGGAACCACCCAGAGAGUGUCAUUACGCUUGUUACAGGUUGAAAGUCGUAGUACAUCCUGGCGAAAUAAUUGUCCUGGAUACCAAUCGCUGGUACCAUCAAACGGUAAUCGUUUCCGAGGAGAUGAGCAUCACUAUCGGAGCAGAAUACGAUUAGAGGAAGCUACAGGGACGUUCUAAGGGCAUUUCGAUCGCUACGACAGCCUUUAACGACGAUACGUGUCACCAAGAUCAAUAAAGUUGUUUUGUCUUGAUAUUCACGAGUCUGUCAGCCUGAGAAUAAUUUCUAAUAGAAAUUUCACUUGAACCAAACAUUACGAACAAAGUUCUCCAAUAACAAAUUGUCCUGAUAACUCCUACUUUCGAUUGACACUUUACAAAAUGUCUUAUAUUUAUCAUGAUUUAAUUGCCAAGAAUUUUCAUCGACCGUUGAAUAAUUUCCACUUGCAAAUGGAAUUUUACAAAUUUAAUCUUUAUCCAUCGCAAUUUGCAAUACACGGUCCUUCAAC